ACGACGAUUCUGAACAAUAUAAACUUCAAAAGCUCUCCGAAUGCACCGGUGCUCAGAUUAAUUUCCUACCUGGAGUUCCAUCGUAUUUGUGCACGAUGUGCGAAGCGCGUUUGGAAAAGAUGGAGAUGUUUCGCUGGCGAUGUAAUGAAAACAAUGGUUUGGUCGAUAAAUUUAUCGAAGAGCAGAACAAAGCGAAGAAAGCAUCAGAAAUCAGUCAAAACCGUUUUGACCACUCUGCCGAACAAACGGUUGGCACAGAAUUGUCUAUCAAAACUGAAGUUACCUCAUCGAAUACAGCAAAGGAUUUGCACUUGAAUCAGCAGUGUUGUACUGUUCAUGAAGCAAAUAGUACAUUUGAAUGUUGUGGCAACCAACCAUUCGAAGCAGAAGAAAACCCCAUUACAAUCAAAUUAGAGUACGUAGAUGUCGAUGAGCAAUAUUGGCUGCAAAUGAUUGCUAUACUGGAUCAUGAACAGGACGAGCUGCAAACAAAUCCUUUAGAAUUGGUCUUUCAGGAUCGAGAAGAUCACUCUAUGUCAAAGAACAUGUGUGAAGAAGAAGAAAAUCACUCUAUGUCAAAGAACAUAUGUGCAGAUGGCACAAAGUUGUCAAUUAAAACUGAAGUUACCUCACCGGAUACAGUGAAGCAUUUGCACUUGAAUCAGAAGUGUUUUAAAGUUCAUCAUGCAAAUAGUACAUAUCAAUGUUGUGGCAAAAUACCUGAUGAUUUAUUCGAGGCAGAGGAAAAUCCAAUUGCAAUCAAAUCAGAGUACGAAGAGGUCGAUAAGCAGCAUCAGCUACAAAUAACGAAUGGUCUUCCUUUGGACUCGAUCUGUCAAGAUCAAAAAGAUUAUCCUGUGACCGUGGCAGAUAAUACAAGGGCUGAUGAUUCAGCAGCAGAAUCUACUCAAAACGUCUUAAGUCCCGGAACCCGGAAAGUCCAUAGUAAGAGCCAUUCCAAAAACCACAAGCACCACUGCAAGCACCCUCAUUGUUUCGCAACAUAUCCAAAUUUAUACAACUUAAAGAUUCACAUACGUACUCACACUGGCGAAAGACCAUACCAGUGUAAAGUAUGUGACAAAGCCUUCUAUUCAGCAAGCCAUCUGAGAGAACAUUCGAAAACACACAACAAGGACCAACAGCAUCAGUGUCCUCAUUGUUCAUUAACGUUCACACAGUCAGCUAAGCUAAAGAUUCAUAUCCGCACUCACACUGGCGAAAGGCCAUACCAGUGUAAAGUAUGUGACAAAGCCUUCUGUUCAUCAGCAAACCUGUCAGUACAUUCGAAAAUUCACCAUAAGAAUCAACAGCAUCAGUGUCCUUAUUGCUCUUUAAAGUUUCCAUGGUUAUAUAGUCUAAAGAAUCACAUUCGCACUCAUACCGGCGAAAGGCCUUAUGUGUGUAAGGUCUGUGGCGAAGCCUUCCAUUCAUCACAAGUACUAGGGCAACACUCGAAAAUUCACAAUAAGGACCAUCAGUGUCCUCAUUGCUCUUUAAAGUUUCCACGGUUAUAUCAACUAGGGAAUCACAUCCAUAUUCACGCUGGCAAAAAGCCAUACCAGUGCAAAGUAUGUGACAAAGCAUUCAAGACAUCAAACAAGCUGGCAGAACAUUCGAAAAUUCAUAAGAAGGAUGAACCUUAUUAAUUUCUUCGUUGUUCAUUCAAGUUUGAGUUAGAAUAAGUAUGAAUACUAAAAUAUAUGAAUUCGGCGAUAGCAGUUAGCACAAUUUCACAAACAGCAACGAUCUUAAUCAGUUC